AUGUGUACCAGCCGAUGGAGGAGUUGUACAUUGUGCUCAUCACCACGCGCCUGUCGAAUAUCUUGCAAGACAUCGAGACGUUGCAUCUCUUUGCGCAGACGGUGGCAGCGCUCGUAAGACAGAUCGACGAGCGUGAGAUCUUUGAGAACGCGUUUGAGAUCUUGAGCGCGUUUGACGAGCUCGUCACGCUCGGUCACAAGGAGAACCUUUCGCUCUCACAGGUGCGGACGUUCUUGGAGAUGGACUCCCACGAGGAGAAGAUCCAGGAGAUUAUUGAGCGCAACAAGGAGUUGGAGGCGACCGAGGAGCGCAAACGCCGCGCCAAGGAGAUUCAGCGCAAGGAAUUGGCACGUCGUAAUGAGCAUGCACAGUUCGGCGCGGCUGCUAACAACACCUACAGCACGUACCAGGCGCCGCAAUACACCCCACCGCCACUGACAUAUAGCCAAGCUCCUUCCUCUUCGCUCGCCAAACCGCAUGCCCCACGCGGUAAGGGUUUGCAGUUGGGCAAGAAGACCAAACCGGUGUCCGAGUUUGCGCAGCCGUUGCUUGAGGUCGCACAGCCAGCCCCAGCGCAGGCUCCAGCCCCCGUCCAGGACUCGCCGGUGCCUGCCAAAUCACACAACAACGGGAUUCUCGUGACAAUUAAUGAAAAGGUGUCUGCGCAGAUUACACGUGACGGGUCUGUUGUCAACUCCGAAGCCAAGGGGGACUUGCAGUUGCGCAUUUGCGAUGCAGCGUUGGCGCACUCGCGUCUCGUUCUUCGCGCGGACGGCGCGGCGCAUGGUGUGCAAUACAAGACGCAUCCGAACGUGGACCGCGCCGCUUUCACGGGUUCCGGCGUGAUUGCAUUGAAGGACACGACCAAGCCGUUCCCGGCGAACGACCAGGCGUUAGGUGUGUUGAGAUGGCGUGCCGUGGGCAAGGCCGACGACGCCACGCUCCUCCCGUUGACCGUGUCAUGCUGGUUGGCGCCGAGCGAGGUUAGCGGCGCUAUCGAUGUGACGCUUGAGUACGAGUUGAACGGCGGGUUCCAGGGCGUGUUGCGCGACAUUGCGUUUGUUGUACCGCUCGCGACCCACAAUGUCAAGUUGCGCACCGAGCAUGAUGGCUUGGCCUAUGACGUUAGCGAGAACGGUGUGCUGUUCAGCCUCACGGAAAUAACCCCGGAAGACCCGCAGGGUGCGUUCGAGUUCACCAUUGAGGCCGCUGAUGAUGACGAGUUGUUCCCAAUGGAGCUUGCGUUCAACGUCGAAAUGGACGGCUGUUUCGGCCGUGUCGCGGUGCAAGACAUUGUGCGUGCCGACGCGGACGAGGAGUCCUUGCCAUUUGACUUGGAAAGCAACAUCGCCGCCGAGGCUUUCUACGUCGUGUAGUUUUUUUUAUAGAUAAUUUACGUUUAGUCAGAAUGGCACCCCAGGAAUUGGCACGAAGUGCCAGGAAUAGCUGAGGUUAUGGUUGAGUGCAGAGAAGAUAGGACGGAAAAAAG